UGACAUAGUUGCACCGGGUUCACAAUCAAUGGCUGCUCCGCUCCUCCUCAGAGCUCUGCCUCUCCUCCGCCUCCGUCUGGUGCAGCGCCACCACCAUUUUCUAUUCACCAAUGGGUCUAUAACUCUCCGACUCUUCUGCAGCGUGGCCACUGGGUCAUCAACUGGAGCUGAGGAUAAUCCAGCGUCUCUUCGUCAGAUUUUUUCCUCAAGAACUUCUAAAGACCCGCCCAAUUAUCCGAGAUGGAGCGACCCAGAUUUCCGGAAAUGGAAAGACAAAGAAGCAGAAAUUCUUAAAGAUAUUGAGCCCAUUAUUUGUCUCACCAAAGAAAUACUCCACUCUAAUAGAUAUAUGGAUGGAGAACGUCUCACUCCACAAGAUGAGAAAGCUGUGCUAGAUAAGCUUCUUGCACAUCAUCCUCACUCAGAAGAUAAGAUUGGAUGUGGACUUGAUUCGAUUAUGGUCGACCGCCAUCCUCAAUUCAGACAUUCAAGGUGCCUCUUUGUUGUAAGAACGGAUGGUGGAUGGAUCGACUUCUCCUACCAGAAGUGUCUUCGAGCCUACAUCCGAGAUAAGUACCCUUCCCAUGCAGAAAGAUUCAUAAGUGAGCAUUUUAAACGCGGUAGUGGCUGAAUUUUCCGAAAGACGUUGCUCCGGUACUGAUACUGAAGUAACACAAUGACUUAGGCAAUUAGUAGAGACUUCUUGAUCGACACUAUAAUAUGGUUAGUAUCCAAUAUGAGCAUCUAUCAGAAGUAAUGAAUUUUGCUGUGCUUGCGAGUAGAUUCUAUGUUUAAUGGCUCCGACGGUCUAUAUUUCGCUUUAUGACACGGUUUUUUCAAUGUGGUGGAUGUAAGUGGACUGGCAUCAUAUGCUCUUUUUCUAUAAAUUGUUAAUUUAGUCCCUCA